CAUGUUUUCUUGUGUCUGUACAAAGUAAUUCGAACAUAUUCAUCGGUUUUGCCGGUUUCCUGUUCACCUUUCGUGCUCUAUGCCUAUUAUUAAUCUCACCAUUCCUGUUAAGAACAUAUUAAAAGCAUAAGUCAUGCCUUCAGAAGACCAAGGUCAAGAGCGCGAGAGUAAGAGGAGGCGGUCACGAAGCAGGGACCGAAAAAGACGGUCGCGUUCAAAGGAUAAAGAGUCAACGAGGGAUAGACGAAAAAGCCGCGACCGGUCACCCCCGGCCACCUUAUCCUCCUCUGGCCCACGUAAGAGCAGAAGAAGAAAGCCAACCAUGUACUGGGACAUCCCUCCCCCUGGAUUCGCUCACAUCACACCUCUCCAAUAUAAAGCAAUGCAUGCCGCGGGUCAAAUCCCAGCACAGGUGGUUGCUGCUGCGCAGGUCGUACAGCAGGAAAACUCGCCGCUGCCAAUAGUGGGCAGCACCAUCACUCGUCAAGCUCGCCGCCUCUACGUUGGCAACAUUCCAUUUGGGUGUACAGAGCAAGCCAUGAUGGAUUUCUUCAAUCAUCAGAUGAAAAUCACCGGUCUCGCGCAGGCAGCGGGUAAUCCCAUCCUUGCGUGUCAGAUCAACCUUGACAAGAACUUUGCUUUCUUGGAGUUCCGCUCGGUGGAUGAGACAACACAGGCAAUGGCGUUUGAUGGCAUAAACUUUCAAGGUCAGCCCUUGAAGCUGAGAAGACCACGCGACUACCAACCAAUGAUCGGCGUCUCUGAAAUCCCCCUAAACACUGUUCCUGGUGUGGUAUCGACAAUGGUGCACGAUUCUCCUGACAAGCUGUUCGUUGGAGGUCUACCAAACUAUCUCAGCGAGGAUCAGGUGAAAGAGUUACUGUCGUCGUUCGGACAGCUCAGAGCGUUCAACCUCGUGAAGGACAGUGCCACCUCUCUGUCGAAGGGAUACGCGUUCUGCGAGUAUGCAGACGCCCUUGUCACCGAUCAGGCAUGCCUUGAAUUCCGGGUGCUUUACGAGGGAGACGCGACUCGCCCGGCGGUUGCCGGACUGAACGGCAUGCAGCUGGGAGACAAGAAGCUGAUCGUACAACGCGCUAGCGUCGGAGCCAAGCACAACCAGAUGAACCAAGCGCCGGUGCAGAUCCAGGUACCGGGGCUGAAUCUGAACGCGAUGGGUGCGCAGCCACCGACGGAGGUGCUCUGCCUCAUGAACAUGGUGUCACCAGACGAGCUGGCAGACGAGGACGAAUACGAAGACAUUGUGGAUGACGUUCGUGAAGAAUGUGGCAAGUAUGGCGUGGUGAAGAGCAUAGAGAUUCCGCGGCCAAUAGAGGGUGUCGAUGUGCCUGGCUGUGGCAAGAUUUUUGUCGAGUUCAACAGCGUCUUGGAUUGCCAGAAGGCACAGCAACAUCUGACGGGACGGAAGUUCGCUAACCGAGUCGUAGUGACGUCAUACUACGAUCCGGACAAGUACCACAGACGGGAGUUCUAGGCUCACGGCUUUCAGCCGUUUGUCUGCGUGCAUACGUGCAUGUGGAUGUGUGUGUGUGUGCGUGCGUGCGUGCGUGUGUGUGUGCUUGAAUGUGUGGGAUCAUGAAUGUAAAUGUAUGGGAUUGUGAGUGGAUGGGAUUGUCAGUGUAUGUGAGUGUGAAUGUUAGUAUUCCUGAUUCAGUGGCAUUAUAGAUUGUAAGCCAACAAUAUAUGAACUGUCAAAAGUUAAAAUGAGGUUUUGCUAAAAAGAAACUGGGGGUGUUGAAAGCUGGGCUGUGAGUUCUGCCCGCACCUUGAUCUGUUUGCAUUGUGUUGAUGAUUUCGAUGCAUUCACAACUAGUUAUCGAAAUGCUGAUUUGUUGCAUUUACUGGGAAUGCCACAUCGAUAUAAGAUGGUAAUGAACUUGUGAAGGAUGUAAGUGUAUAUACAGUAUCUUGUUAGUGAUGUGAUACAAUAAAAAAAAACGUAGUUUUCGAAACGUUGCAAAAUUUUGCAGUGAAGUUUUAUGUGGACGUCUGAGAAGCGCUCUAUUUGUGACGUAUAGGCGUUGAUAGUUUCUCUGCAAAGAAAAUUUGACACAGAAAGAAGUUUUAUUUGAUGUGAAAUGUUUAGACCUUGUUGAAUUAUUACUGCUAAUCGAAACAUUAUUAUAGGAUGUCUUUUUCGUAAUGUAGGUACAGGAAUUUCUUAUUAAGCGUAUAAAACAUCAAAGUUAUUCACGAGUUAUGUAAUGAUAUGCACGUCUGUGCACGAAGAGGUUAUCUUAGCAAAGAAGAACAAUAACUCGCGUAAAUUGCAGUUGUUGUUGUAGAUAGUUAUUCACAAGUAAUUAUUUUAGAUGAUGGUCGCGGUCAUUUGCACAUUUUGAUUUGGCUUCUAUAAAAAAGCGGUUUCCAUUUCGCACCAGUUAAUGUGCAUGUGUUUUGGGAGUUCAUUGCCUGAUGUUGGUGUUCUCAAGCUACUGCUUUGAUUAGACGCGCGAGUGAAGUCGUCUCACGCUAUGGGUAUCAAGCAGGCAAAGCCACCGAAUCGGAGGUCAUAUAGACGUGACUAAUGUGUUCUAUGUCUCCGUGCGUGCGACGAUGUAGUGCUUACGUCACUACCACUCCACUAUGUAACCGUGUACAGUGUACAGCACGCGCAUGCACGCAGGAAACCUAUUUUAAUGUGUUAUGUCGUUAAGGUCGUCGCUCUCGUCAAAAAUGCUUUGUUAGCUGUCAUGGGGUUUUAGAUGCUAAUGAUAGUGGUCUAAUAAAUAUUCGAUACUCUGAAACGAGACGUGCUUACACCUAAAUCUCUCGCCUGCUAUCCGCUCUAGAUAUCCUCACCUCCCUCCAUCAUCCUUAUGUGCAUCAAGUGCAUCAACUAAUUCACUGUUUACUCCCAAAAUGUUUUUAUUUUAGUUGUAAUAAUAAGGCUGGUUUUAUUGUUCAGAAUUUACUUUGAAAUUGGAGGCAUUGCAAUAAGUUCACUACAUAGCUUGUAUGAGUGUAAUGUUAUUUAACAAAUGUUACUUUCACAUCUUUAAGGAAUUCAACACAUUUAUAUGAUGUAUUGCAAUUAAAACAUAUUCCAUUUAAGCAGUAAAGCAAAUAUCUGCAACAACGCAAGUUGACACGUUCAGAGUUUUCACGACCGUUCAGGUUAAUUAGCAGAAGAAAUUAUUAUUCGUAUGCGAUGAUAUCCUGAUUAUGUGUAACAUGAAGUUGUAUUUUAGAAAUAUCCAGUAAUAAAAGUUGGUGCAUCAGACCAAGAA